AUGGCUGUUCUCGUCACGGGUGCUGCUGGGUUCGUCGGAUCUGCCGUAUCCCUCGCCCUGCUCGCACGCGGUGAACAAGUAAUCGGCAUCGACAAUAUCAAUGAUUACUACGAUCCGCAGCUAAAACGAGACCGACUCGCCCGUUUAGUGGAAGCUGGUGGCUCUCGCUUCGAUUUCCAACAAGUCGACUUUGCUGACCACGAGGCGCUUGAAGCCGCUCUCGCCUCGAAAACGUUUGAUCGAAUAGUUCAUCUCGGCGCACAGGCCGGUGUGCGACACUCCAUAAACGACCCGAGAGCCUACCUCAUGUCGAAUGUCGCUGGUCAUCUCAAUCUGCUAGAGGUUGCACGCCAUCGACAAGUCAAGCACAUGGUCUAUGCCCCUUCCUCUUCUGUUUACGGCGGCAAUACGACAGUUCCAUUUAGCGUUGAUCAUCGUGUUGAUUCACCGCUGUCCCUGUACGCAGCUACCAAAAAAGCAGAUGAGCUAAUGAGUGAGGCGUACUCCAAUCUUUACCAGCUGCCUCUCACGGGCCUUCGAUUCUUUACUGUAUACGGCCCAUGGGGUCGGCCAGAUAUGGCAGUGUGGCUCUUCACCAAAGCUAUCCUCGAGGGUACACCUAUCGAUGUCUUUGGCGAGGGGAACAUGCGCCGCGACUUUACUUAUAUUGAUGAUGCUGUGUCAGGCAUCAUUCUCUCUCUCGACAACCCGCCAAAGGUGGACGGCAAAACAAAGCCCGGGGGCAGCACCAACCCUCAUCGGAUAUAUAAUAUCGGCAAUAGACGCUCUGAGGAACUCGGGUAUCUUAUUAGACUUAUAGAAAAGGCGUGUAACCAUCCGGCAAAGCUGCGCCUGCUUCCGAUGCAACCUGGCGAUGUGCGUGAUACAUUUGCGGAUCUCGGUGGUAUACAAGACGAUAUUGGCUUCAAAACUACCGUAGAUCUCGCAGAGGGUGUAUCCAGUUUUGUGGAGUGGUACCGUGCUUAUCAUGGCAUAUGA